GCUUUUCUAAAGUAUUUUCUUUUUAUUUUGCUAGAUUUAUUGUCAACUCAAAAAUGACAGACAAUAAUAAUAUAGAUUAUAAAUGAAACAAAAAUGUGUUUCACAACUGACACCUUCCUACAGAUACAUUUAUUGUGCAAGGACUACUGUAUUAAAGUGCUAUUUCAAACAAGGAAAUUUGUAUACAGCUAUUAUCAAAUUCAGUUCUAUUAAAAUGAAAUACAUCAGCAUUAUACAGAUCGCACUGUUGGUGCUUGCUGCCCACCUUGCUGCGUCUAACCCACUGAUCAAACCUUGUGGUAAACCCGCGGACGUUGUUUUCGUCAUUGACACCUCCACCUCCAUCCGAGAAGAUGAUUUCAAACUCCUCCUGCUGCCCUUCAUCCAGAACGUGGUCUCUCACUUCGACAUCGGCAUGGGCCAAAACCAGACCAGGGUCGGCGCCGUGACCUACAGCACCAGCAUCCGGCUCGAGUUUGACCUGAAGACGCACGACAGCCCUGACAAGCUGCGCAGCGCCAUCGCCGACAUCAUGUACCGCAACGGCGACACCUAUACGGACAGAGCCCUGAAAUAUGUCAGCGACAACAUGUUUAACAGCGAGAACGGGGGCAGGGAGGGUGUAACCCAUGUCAUCAUUGUCCUAACUGACGGCCGGUCGACCAGCCACCACCGCACGGUAAAGGAGGCGGCUGUGGCCAGAGAAAAGGGAGCCGCCAUUUUCGCUAUCGGCGUGGGGGAUGCGGAUGACAAGGAACUGGCUCAAAUUGCCAGCGAGCCGGCGUCGCAAUUCAAGUUCAAGGUCAAUGACUUCGCUGCCUUGGACAGCAUCAAAGUUGAACUGGCCUUGAAGACUUGUGAAGUGUUUCUACCAACUGUCGCCACCACUCCAACCACAGCAACUACAACACAAGCAUCACCAAAAGAAGAAUGUGGAGGAAAGCCAGGCGAUAUUUUCUUCAUCUUGGAUUCAUCCAGCAGUAUCUGGGAGCAAGACUUCAGCAGGAGGAUGGUGGGCUUUGUCAGGGACGUCGUGUCCAACUUCGACAUCAGCCCGCAGUUGACCAGGGUCGGCGUCAUGACCUUCAGCGACUCCCCAAAGCUGAUCAUCAACCUGGACUCGUAUGACAAUAAGAGGGAGCUCUUGAACGCCAUCACACCCUCCGUGGUCAAGUACACCCUAGGCGGGACCAACACUGCCAGGGCACUGAGAGACGUGAGGAAGUUUGGAUUCGGCCCCGCCCAGCGGGACGGCGCUAUCAAGAUCGCCGUGGUCAUCACAGACGGUCAUUCUUGGAAUGAAAAGGAGACUCAGAAGCAAGCGAACUUGUUGAGGAAAAGUGAUGUCAUUGUUUUCGCCAUUGGCGUUGGGAAGAGUGCCAAAUAUGACGAGCUGGAGACCAUCGCUAGCUCCCCAAGAGAAGAGUUCGUCUUUUCUAUGGACGAUUUCUCGGCCUUGUCCAGACUUAGAGAUCUUUUGGCAAUCAAAGCUUGUGGCUAUCAACAUGAUCAGAAAGAGCAACCUGUUUGUGGAAGUGGGGCCAUUGAAAUGACAUUUGCUUUUGAUGCCAACACAAUGACCAUUCAAGACAAGUACCGAAUUUUCGAUCAAAUAAAGACUGUGACAGAGAGACUAGAGUACGUUGGCGGGAAUAUCCAAUUCGGAGUCACUUCCGGGAAAUGCGCGGAGAGCAUUGAUAUCCCAAUGUCCCCUCGCGAAGACAUCAUCAAGAAGCUGCAACAGAUCAAGAAGAAGAUCAAGCCAACUAUGCACAAGAUUGUCAAACAAUGGAAAGUCAAAAACGUGAACCUACAGACAGAGUCGUCUGCCAGUGAACUCGAGAACGUCCUGUCUGAGAACCCAGCCCAUCCGAGAAAAGCGCUCGUGCUUCUGCUGAACCACCACCACACCCCAGAGUUUGACGACCUGGUCGAGGAGGUUCAGGAUUUGAACAAGAAAGGUGUGGAUGUUUUCGUUUUACUCGACAAGACAGUCCCCUCCAGCUAUGUGGAUAGUUGGCAGGCGUUGCUAGGGAAGCGAAGAGUCCUAAGCCACAUAGAUCCAGAGCAAGACUACUCAGGCUACAUCAUGGAGCUCUUGUGUGCCUUAUAGUCAUUAGACAAAGCUUAGGACCGUUUUGAUAUAAACUCUUUGUUAUUUUAUCGAUAAGCUAGUCAAUGAAUAAUAGUCACCUGUCAAUGACCACAAUAUUAUUCGACGUCUUACUAGUCUCCUGCCAAUGGCUACAAUAUUAAUCGCCUUACAAAGAAUACAAUGUUAGUCGCCUGUCUAUGACUAGUCGCCUGUCUAUGACUACAAUAUUAGUCGCCUGUCUAUGACUACAGCAGUGGUCUUUGCUAAAGUAGACCAACACAGACAUAAAACCAAUGGUCGCAACUUCUCCACCAAGUUGGUCAACCACUCGAAGCUUUCUUGGUCAGCAUUAUGACAAAACUUGACCUUAUCUCAGACACGGGAAAACUGAAACAGACGCAGACACAGCCAAGACACAACGAAGACACAAGGUACAAUCUCUAUAGCCCUUUUUUUUUUUUUUGUUUUGCAUCUCAUUGUCAAUGAAAUUUGACUAGCAACUUUUGAAGGAGGGCCGGGGGGGGGGGGGAGUUCUGGUAUUUUAUCACACUAUGAGUACUAUUUGUUUGUUAAAGUUACAACUCUGUUACUCCAGUAUUUGAGUAUUCUGCUGUUAGCUUAGCUUACAAAGCAUGCCUGUGAAUAUUAUUGUAACAUGCUAACCUAUGGUGCAUAUCUUUUAAAAUACGAGUCACUUUGAAACUGGUUCAGUGGACAUUGCGAGGUAGGAACCUUCUUCUAACUUAACAUUUGAGCUUUAAAAAAUUUCUUAAGAUGGAGUUCGAGAAAGUCCCUUGAGACUGAAACAAAUAACUUGUUUGAAUAAGUCUAAUUUGACAGUGGGUAAAUAUUAAACCUCCUCCAUUGAGAUGUCUGUUGAUACGAAUGGGUUUCUGACACUGUCGAGACUUGAACAAAAGUAAGUUCAGAUGUAUUUCCAAUACUCAAAGUAUUAUUGUCUUAUAUUAUUAUUAUUAUUGUAAAUAUUGUCUUAUAUUAUUAUUAUUAUUGUAAAUUGUAAACUUUUUAAAUGUGCACACUUUUCCUAUACUGUAAACGUGUAGCGAUCUAUUCAUUGUGUUUGUGCCAUAGAAAAAGUAGAAUGGAUGAUUAAAGAAAAAUUACACAUGGAGUUAAUUCAUGAGAACAUGGACUGAGUUUAUUGUGUGUGUUUAAUUGUUUUCUUUAUUUAUAAAUGUACUAUUGAUCAUUCUUUUUUUUUUUUUUUUUGUUCAUUGUAAAAAAAAAAAUGUACAAAUGUAAAUAAUACUGUACUAUAAACGUGUAAAUAGCUGAACCGGUAUUUGUACUCCCGUAUACUGUACACUGGCCAUAUGAGAUUAUGAAGUAAAACAGAUUUUUUGCUGUGAUAUAUAGGUACGUGAGACAUACGACAUCUUCUUAAAUGGAAGAUACACAUUGAAAAAAAAACAUAUCAAUAUUAUAUAAGCUUGUACCUGUCAGUAUAUUUGUUGUUUAUGGUGCCAUUCCUGUCGCGCAUUUAUAGUUGAAAGAGAGUUUGAGUUUGGAAAAUUUCAUAUCAUGGUGACCUGUAUGAUUGUAUGUAUGAAGAAUACACAAACCCUUGGUUUUUUGUUUUCUAAAUGAUAGUAUUUUAUAAUAUUAGAAUUUAUUUUAAAGUAUCUAUACAACAAUGCAUUUUUUAGUUUCUAGUAAACUUAUAUGACAUGUUCUGUAAAAAGUUAUAGGGAUUCGAAGUUAGCAGCAAUCUCAGCAGAAGUAGAGCAGAGUGAUUUGCCCCUGAAUUUAAUCUAUACAUGAUAAUGAUAGGCCUAUAACAAACAAACCGGUCAAUGCAAAAGGCUGCCAAAAGGUAUCAUGGUUUCACGUUCUUUAAAUGAGCGUUUAUGUAUUAAUGCUUCAUUAGUUCCAUUCCACAGUAUUGUCUAUUUUCUUGAUUUAGAGAAGAACAAGAAAAAAAAAAAACCUUCGUAAAUAGAAUAUUAUUUCCCUUUAAUUUUUCUUUCUUUGUCUUCUUUAGAAAAAUUUUCAAAUAUUCUCAAAUAUUUUUUUAUUUAUUUUUUAUCUAAUGAUAUGUAUCUAUAAUUAAUUUAUUUAAUAAAUUCGUUUUUUUUUAGUCGUAUACACACACUAUACACUCAGUAGAAUGUGACAUAGUUAACCUUUACAAAGAAAUAGAUAUGUAUAAUUUCAAGGAAAACCAAAUACUGACGGGAAACUUACAAUGUCGGAUUGAGAGUAUCUGCUGUACAUGAGUGCCUCUAUUACAUUGCAAAAUGUCUACAAUCUAUUGACUCAGUAUUAUAUCAAAUACUUUUUUACUUUGCUCGUUGUUUUGUUUCGUAGCUCGACUGGAGACGCCCACUGGUGGGUUGAUAUUUUUAUAUGAAUGUAAAUGUUGAACAUAUCUUGAAAAUUUAAUAAAGUUGUUAAUAUAAGAUGA